AUGGGUUGGCAGCAGCAAUUAGGAGUAGGAGUAGGACCUUUACAACCACACUUUCUCUCUCCAAAUUCAACCACUCAUAAACCCGUAAAUACCGCUGCUUCUCUGCCACUAUCCUCUACCAAAACCCGUAAUUAUACUCCCACGCUAAGGGAGAUUUCUCUACAGCAACUUCCCCCUAAUGCCCUCCGCCGGAAAAGAGACCCCAAUUGGAGAGGUGGGUUCAGUCUAGGGGUAGAUUUGGGAAUGUCCCGCACUGGCCUCGCACUCAGCAAAGGCUUCUCAAUACGUCCUCUAACUGUUCUGGAAUUACGAGGACAAAAACUUGAGCUUCAGCUUCUUCAGAUUGCACAACAGGAGGAAGCUGAUGAAUUUAUAAUUGGGCUUCCUAAAUCAAGUGAUGGAAAAGAGACACCUCAGUCAAACAAAGUUCGUAGUGUUGCCGGAAGAUUUGCUGCUCGAGCUGCCGAGAGAUGUGGAUUGGUGAUCCCAAAUUUAAUAUUCAGGGGUUGGAGAGUAUACCUGCAAGAUGAACAUGGGACAACAACAGAAGCGACAGAUCGCAUGAUUUGCAUGGGCCUCAGCAGGUCUACUCGGCAAAGCAAAACUGAUGCAUAUGCUGCCAUGAUGGUACUGGAGAGAUAUUUUUCCUUGGCUGGCCAGGAAACUGAACUUGUACUGCCCAAGAAUUUGGAUUUACAAGAAAGACUUAAGACAGGUCCACCUAGAGACAUUGAUUUCUUUCCUGAAGAAUUUGAGGGUUGACAAUUUUCUUUUGGUACUCAGUCUGAUUCAGAUUCAUUCAAUUACAUUAUGCUCUCCUUUGUAACACAAGUAGCAUAGAGUAGUAGAAAGUAGUAGAAAAUAUAAUUGUAAAAAAUCAAACCAGCAGAAACUGGCAGUGUUUUUCAAUUGGUAAUAUUUUCACAAAGUACCCAUAUAUGAUGAGUGUACCAUUGGCUUCUUUUUCUCA